UGGUCGACGUUUUCGUUGGCGUGGCCCGCUUAUCUUCCAGUCGGGGAACUUGGGUCAAUAUAUGAAAAGUUUUUUUUUAUUAUCUGUGUCAUUUUGGGAAUAAGUCUAUUCAUUGCACCAGUAAUAUAUAAUGGAUUAACUGCUAAACAACUUUCCUCUUCUACAUGGCUUAUCAUAACUCGAUGGCAACAGUUCGCGUGGUAUGGCCAUAUUGAAAUUUAUUGCGUGAACUCCGUAUCAUAAUGACUCCCGGAACACUCAAAGGGCAGAAGAUUCCUCAUCUCUCUUUGCCUGAAGGAGUACGUGAAUCUGAAAUAUCAUUUAUAAUCACGAGUGUGGUGUUGAGGGCUGCUCUGAGCGCCACAUCACCUUGGCACAAGUGGGUUCUACUCGGUGCUCUGGAGCUGCUUCAUGGCCGCCUUCCUGCCAGCUUGGACCAGAAAUCCUUUGCUUAUCUCACAGCCUUCCAAUCUGAGUGUGGAGUUCACCCUAACCUAAAAGAUGCAAAACAAUCUAUACCAAUAAAUGAACACAAACAUUCCCACAACUUGGCUGACCUUCCACGUGAAUUUGAACUCGGUUGUGACUUUGCUGAUAGUGCUGCAGUACACAAAUCUCAACACCAUUGCGGAGAUCCAUCCUCAAAGAAACAAAAACUAAGCCAUUCAAGUGCAAACUCUAUAAAUACAAGCAUAAAUCAGGUGCUGGAAAGGAAUUCUGUGCAUGGAAAUGAUACUCGUAGUUGCAGUCAGCACUUGAAAGUAGAGAGUGUUAACGACAGUUCGAAUAUACUUGAUUGUACUCCCUGUGGGGAGGAUGAAGAUCAUCCCUUCUCUGUCCCGCCAUCUGCUGUAUCAUCUCCUAAAGAUUCGUCUUGCAUCCCUUUAGCUCCCUCUAAUCCUGCUCCUUCCCUCGAUCAAAUUUUAUCUCCUAUUAUUACUGCAUCAUCAUCAGAAACCCCAUGUAUCUCAAAACUGAAAUCUACAUCUGAGAAUGGAGGACUGGAGACACAAAUUACAUCAUUUAACACACCUUUCAAAGCUCAAUACCCGGUAGUAUUAUUGAGAGAGGAUGAUAGAAAAGCUGUUGAAGAUUUUUUAGCCACUAAUGGCAAAUUUUAUAAAAAAUCUCGUUUUCAGACAACUAACAAGGAAACCAAAGAAGUGUUGCUGCACAAGGAUAUUGCUUGUCAAGUGCUACCUGAAACCAUAAGUCUUGGUAUACAAGCCAGACCAGAUACUUGCAAUAAGUGGAUUCAAGUUCGAAGGAAAAGAUUCGUUGAAAAAUCUACUCAGACCUCAUCAUUUCCCAGUUUUUCUCAAGCUUCACAAACUGAAAUGAAUAUGGACAAGGAGCAGUCGAGACAAUUGCCACCACCUUGCCUUGAAGCAGCCAAUAUAGAGAGCCAAACUGACGUAUCAAGUGGCAGUUUAGAGCUCAAGACUGUUGCGAGAAAAAGAUGGAAAUUGUGUCGUCUGUCUUUGCCAGCUCAGUCUUCGGGCAGAGGCGUAGACUCCGUUGAUCAUCAGGGAAGGCCUCUGUUCCAUGGCCGGCCGUUGAAUAAGAGUAAGGAAAACCAUUCACUUGUGAUCCCUCUAGAACAAGUUGAUGUCGACUUUGUAGCAAGUGAUCCUAGGCUUGAAUGAAAUUUUGUUGGAGAAGCUCAUGAUGUCCAUUUUAGUGCCUAUGUCAAUAGUUUGCUUACAUUGCAAGUUCACCUAGAAUUUAUAAAUGAAGAAAACGCUAAUCAAAUUCAACAUAUCGUCAUGAAAAACGGUCUGAAGAGUAAGAGUUCUAUUU